GAGCUCGCGGGGGCAGUGAAAGUGAAAGUAGGCGCGAGAGGCGCGUGCUGGGCCCCGGGGGGCCGCUCGGGGCCGGGGGCGCGGCGCCGCCGGGGGGAUGCGGAGCCUCGCAGGGCAGAGCGGGAGCGAAUGGCCCCAGCGGCCGCCGCCCCGCGGGGAGAGGCCGCAGCUGAGGAGGAGGCUCGGCCGCCACCGUCGGUCCAAGUCCGAGCCAGACCUGAGGGGUGUAGCCCCCGUCCCGGCUGGGGCCCCGCGAGCCCUGGGCGGCGCUUGCCCUGCGGACCCCUCCGGGAACCGGGGCUCAGCACGGCACUGCCUGGUGCAGGUGGAUACCGGGGACCGCGACCCGGAGCCGGGACAAGGCGCAGGAGGGGAAGCGGAGCCGCUCCUGGGGCCAGGGCGGGGCGCCGGGACCCUAAAGGCCAGCUGGAGACAGGCCACGUGGGGCCUCUGCUCACACUUCUGGUUCUGGAGACGGGUUGCUGGAGUUUUGAUUGCCAUUAUUGUGAUUUUACUCUUGGGCUGGUUUAGCUCGCAUCCUCUCAGAUUGCCUCACCUGGAGCCGUGCCCUGAUGACUGGUUAUACUACAGAAAGAAAUGUUAUUACCUCUCAGAAGAUCAAGCAGACUGGGACUCCAGUCAGAGCUUCUGCUCUGCACACAGGGCUUCUCUUGCUGUGAUUGAAAGCCAACAAGAAAUGAAUUUCAUAAUGAAUCGAAUACGCACAAGAGACUCUUGGAUUGGGCUGCGCAAGAAAGGAGCCAAGUUCUACUGGGUGAAUGGAGAGACACUUAAUACGAGUCUAUUUCCUGUACACCUAUCAGGUCAUGAAGAAUGUGCCCACACCGAUUCAAUCUCCAUUUCCACAUCAGAGUGCAGGUUACUCAGGAACUGGCUCUGCAGUGUGGGUCUGCCUCAGUCCAGCACACUUUCUCCAUAAAACAGAGCUUGAUGUGUAAAUCCAUUGACUUUCUUCACAUGUGGAUCACUGGCCUGUAGUCCACAAUAUCUGAACAUUUUGAAAUUCAGGAUCAUGGUAGCAGCAGAGAAAACAGAGCCAUUGUGGUAGGGUUCGUGAAUGCAUAUCUUCAGUGCCAGCAGGAUACUGAUAAAGAGAGCAGUCAUCCCUACAUGGAGAAGAGUGAUAAUUCCUACAGAACGCUGGUAGGGUCCGAGGGAAGGGCUGAUAUACUGAUAGCAAUUGUAGCAGACUUGACGGGAAUGACCAUAAUGAGACCUAAGAAAUGACUGCAACAUUUAUGGCAGGGUGGGAGAUUGAGGCAAAUCUCCUGGCCGCCGGUUAUGCGCAGCCAGACACCAGGGCAGUUAGAAGAGCACAGGAGGGCACGGUGCG